CAGUCAGGCAACAGAAAGUCAGGCAAGGAGCGCAAGACUGUAUUGACAAUGGAAGAUUUGACAGCUGCUUUAGCUGAAUAUGGUGUCAACAUCAAAAAACCUGAAUAUUAUUCAUAAUUCCCUCUUUUUCUUUUUUGUAUAUAAAAUAAAAUAAUGAAUGAUCAGAUAGCUGCGGAUGAAGCUUUUGCCCGUAUGUUGUUUGAAGAAGAACAAAAACAAUAUGAACAAGAUCGACAAUCAAGAAAGGAAUCACCAUGUCAUGUACUUGAGGAAACGAUCCCAGAUCUUCAUGAACUCUUUGUGCUGUUUAAUAGACUAUACUUUGAUAACCAACUAGACAUGGUAGAAGUUAAAUGGUCAAAGAAAAUGACUCGUUGUGCAGGCACAUGUACGUUUAAAGGAGGCAAUCAUUGUAUUAUCACUAUGUCUGAACCUCUUUUGAAAUUUCGUCCAAAGAAUGAUAUGAUAAAUACACUUCUGCAUGAAAUGAUUCAUGCCCUUUUAUUUAUCACACAAAAGAAUACAGACCGAGAUGGUCAUGGUCCUAUGUUUAUAGCAGAAGCAAAUAGAAUCAAUACAUUAGCCAACACAAAUAUCACAAUAUACCAUGACUUCCAUGAUGAAGUAGAUUAUUAUCUUACGCAUAUAUGGAAAUGUGAUGGUGUCUGUGCUGAUAAACCACCUUAUUUUGGGAUUGUUAAAAGAUCUAUCAACAGACCACCUCAACCUGCUGAUACUUGGUAUGCUGAACAUCAAUUGACAUGUGGGGGCACAUUUAAAAAGAUAUCAGAACCCAAUGACACAAAAAAGCAGAAAAAGCGUACAAAUACUCUGUUUAACUACUUUGAAUCCCAACAGACUAAAAAGCAUAAACAAUAAAUUUUACUCAACG